AGCGCGCGUCACGCGCGGCGGCGACAGGAGAAAGCGAAGUUCCCCCCGCGCGAGCGCAGGCACGCGGGUGGAAGGAACAAAAACACCGCGCGAGGACGCCCCGGAUUCGCGCGGCCUUCUCCGCGCUGGCCCCUAAUCGUCCCAGGCCAUGGCGUCCAUCCAGGUCGCGAUGCGAUGCCGCCCGUUCGUCGAGAAGGGCGACCUCGGGAUCAAGCUCGAACAGACCGGGGACGGGCCCGCGGGAGGGGAGGUCAACGUGAUCAACAGCAAGUACACGCAGACGAGGUUCGGAUUCGCGUACGCGUGGUGGUCCGCGCACAACGCGGCGAAGUACUGCGAGAAGGACAAGGAGAUCGCGAACGGGAUGGAAUUCAUCGACCAAGACAAGGCGUACAACGCGUGCGGGGAGAAGGUGAAAGAGAACCUCCUCGACGGCUCCGCGGUCGUGAUGUUCGCGUACGGGCUGUCCGGGUCGGGGAAGACGUUCACGGUGUUCGGCCCGGACGCCGCGGACUCCCCGGACGCGUGGUUCAAGCAUAAGACGCCGCACGCGAUGUGGGGCAUUCUGCCUCGACUGGCGUACACGAUGUUUCAAGAAAAGGGCGACGACUGGAAGAUCUCGAUGAAGUACUUUCAAAACGUCGUCGACACCGUGCGGGAUUUGACCUCCAGCGCGGCGAAAGAGCAGGCGUACAAGUCCGGGAUGAGGAAAGACGGCGACGGGUUCAUGGACAUCGACUGGUGCGGGAAGGUGCCCAUCGACUCGUGGUCGCACCUGUGCGAUUUCUUCCAAAAGUGCAACGCUCGCAAGGCCAUCUCCCCGACGCAGUUCAACCACCAGUCCACGCGCGGUCACUGCGUCAUGACGUUAGAGGUCGAGAAGCCGAUGGCCGACAACCCGUCGAUGAAGCAACGCGGGCGUCUGUACGUGUGCGAUCUCGCGGGCACGGAACCCGCGGGCGACAUCUUUUACGCGGAGUACAAAAAAGAAAAGCAGGCGGACGGGAGCAUCGAGCACAUCCUCCAAGGCCCGCACGCGGACCAAGGGAAGACGAAAGAGCUUCAAGACCAGGGGAAGAAGAUUAACCUCUCCCUGUCCGAGAUGGCGCAGUUCUUCAUGAAGAUGGCGGAGGCGUUCAAAGCGAAGAAGCUCAAGCCCGGGGUUUCAAUCUCCGGCUGCAACUCGUACUUUCUGUGCAAGUACCUCAAGGACACGAUGAUGUGCGCGAAAACGUACUUGUUCUGCGCGAUCCGACCGGAGGUGAAGUUCCACCCGUACACGUACUCCACCCUGGGGUUCGCGAACAACGCGUCCGUGAUCAAGCUCUCGCCUAAGAAAGCCACCGCGGGGUCAUCACCGAUGGAGAAGAAGCUCCUCGCCGAGCUCGCCGCGAUGCAGGAGCUCGUGAAGCAGCUCAGGGCGCAGCUCGCCGCGGGCGGCGGCGGCGGCGCCGCGGGCGAGGCCGUCAGCACCCUCCAACGCAUGGAGACGCAGAUUGGCGAGAAGAAGUCCGCGCUCAUGCAAGAGUCAGACCCGACCGCGGCGGCGAGCGCGGAGCAGUACGAACGGCAAAAGGAGCACCUCAAGCAACGCGGCAUCACGCUCGCGUCCGAGAUUGAAGACGUCGCGACGUUGAACGUCCCGUAUCUCAUCAACGUGGACGAGGACCCGUUCCGCUCUGGACGCAUGUUGUGCGUCCUGGAGAAGACGCCGACGACGUUCGGAAGAACGGACGCGGACAUCCGACCGCCUUCGAUGAGCAUCGUGCAAGACCACUGCUCCAUCGACGGCGUGGCGAAGAAGCUCAAGGUCGGGAAAGGACGGAUGUUCGUGAACGGUAACAAGAUCAAGUCUGGGCAAGAGGUUAACCUCAACGCGGGCGAUCGCGUGAUCAUCGGCGCGGAGCUGUUCGUGUUCCAAACGCCCGGGAACGCCGUGGAUAUCGACCAAGACCUCGCGGUGUCCGAGUACCGCGAGACGAUGGCGGACCACUCCGAGUACAAGGACCAGUUCAAGAAGGCGACCAGAGGGCUGCAAGGCGCGGGCGGCAAGGAGAUCUCUCUGAACAGCGGCGACGCGAACUCGUUGGAGGGGCAGAUGGUCGAGAUUUACCCCCUCUCCGUCGAGCUCGAGCACCUGUGCAUGCUCAUGGACCGCGAGUACGUCGACUUCAACGUCGUGCUGCAGUCGGACAAGGUGACGAAAGCGGGCAAGGACGACUGCUCCGUGAAGGUGAAGGUCAUCAACCGGAACGAGAACCCGGUGCAGGUCGUCUACCUCGCGACGUUCGAGUUCAAGAGGUGCUACAAGAUCCUUUGCGACGAGCUGUACUUUUUGAGAGACGCCGUGCAAGCGGAGGAGCAGUACGUCGUCCCCUUUGAGCACGACCCGAUCAACCUUCUCUUCGACGCCACGUUUCACGUCGGCACCGCGGUGAUGUUCCCGGAGUUUUUGGUCUACAACCUCGAGACGGACGCGAGCGAGAAACAGCUCGAAGUGUUCCCAGCCGCGGCGAGCGGCAACCAGGACAUCAACGCCGGAACGCUGGAGGUGACGUGGACGCCGUUGCCCGGCGAAGAUGGGAAAGUCGUCGACAUCGGCUCGGAGGAGGAGCUCCUCGGGAAGCCGUGGAAGUACAAGGUGCACAUCAAGCAAGCGCUGCAGCUCAGCAUGAUCUGCGACAUCUGCUACUGCGAAUACGAGUUCUUCGGCGGCGAUCUGUUCGCGACUGAGGCGGUCGAGUUCGACGAGCGUCCGACGCGGUCGCCGGUGCUGGACUACGAGUACGUGCACUCGGUGGAGUGCGUCACGAAGGAGUUCAUCGCGUGGCUGAAGGAGCCGCUGGAGAUAAAAGUUUACAUCUCCCUGGACGUGAAGAAACCGAAAGCGCUCGUCUCGACGGAGAACCCGAAAGUGUACGACCUCAUCUGCAAGGAUCUCAAGAAGCCCGCGGCGAAGGUGCGACCGGACACGGGGAGCAAAGAGCUCGAGGCUGAGAUGCAAGAGCUCCAGCGGAAGCUCGCCGCGCUCGUCGCGGAAAACGCCGAGAUCAAAAAGGCGAACAAGCGCCUAACGAUGCAGAAGCGGAUCGCCAUGGCCGCCGCGAGAGACGCGGGGGUGAAGCAGUACCCGGAGACGGGCAUGGCCGCCAUCGCGAGCGCGGCGGCGAACGAACCCGCGCCGCCCACCGCGGAGGCGGAGAAGAAGACGGAGGCGAACGGGAAGAAGAGCAGCGCGUGCGUCGUGCAGUGAAUUUGCGUGUUGAUUUGCGCGCGCACGGCUGGCGCGCGGUAGGUUCUGUCGUUGUGAAUACCCCAUGUGCAGCAACCUCAUCU